AGGUAUUUAGCAAAUUCAAACAUGACGUCGAUUUUCAAUCUUAAAAAUGUCUCAAAAUGUGUUGGACUUUUAUUAAUGUUGUCUGAAAUCAGUGUUCAGCUUGGUAAGAAAUACUACCAAACAUCUGUAUAUAUUGUGAGCAAUACCAGUUCUAAAACCAUUAAUUAAUUAAUGAUACACUAAUUGCAGCUGUUAUUUUAAGAAAGUUUUCACUGUUUUUUUUUCAUUCAAUUCUAUAUUAGAUUCCUGCAAGAUGACAGGCAAAACUAACUACACUAUAUAUGUUCCAUUGGAAUCAAGCUUUUCUGUUAACGCCACGUAUGCCUGCACUCCGCCCGAAGAAGUGAAACAUGUCAUUUGGGAACUUAAGCGUACAAAUUUCUCUCGACUAGCUAUAGUAACUCUUACACCAAUCCCUUACACUGUUUUUCGUAGCGGUAUCGAGGCUACUGGUACGUCUUCAAUGUGUACACUGACAGUACGAAACGCUACAAUGGCAUAUAAUGGAACAUUAUUUGCAAGGAUACAAACACGUGGAAGAAAUACGGCAGUUGACGCAAUGCACCCCCAACAUUUUCUGAAAGUAAAGGUCAUUAUAACAGGUAUACUAAUCUCAAGUAUGAGAUUUUUGCCAGGAUUGUAUGUUCACCAUUGAGCUAAAUAAUAACUGGAGUGAGUGCUCCUGUCUUUCGUCAGUCCGAACUAAACACGGCAGUCGUGAUCAUA